GAGUGCUCUGCGCCGUGAAGAAGCGGCUCCCGGGGACUAGGGGCAUUUUGUGUUGGCUGGAGCCGGAGUAACAAGAUGGCGGCGUCGGCGGAGUGACAGGGGUCCCUCCGGGCGGGAGCCGGCGGCAGUGGUGGCAGCGGUAUCGCCGCCCUAAACCACCGCGCCCCUUUUCCAGCCCGCGACGUCGCCGUGAAAGCGAGCCAGCGGCGGCCGCCCAGAAACAAGUGGCCCAGGCUGGUAACCGCGAGAACCCCCUCAAACAAACUGCGGCCUGGCGAAAAGAAGCCUGAGUGAGCGGCGGUGAUCAGGUUCCCCUCGGCCAAUUCUGGGCCCUGUAACGCCUUGAAAGAGCCAACGUUUUCCGUUUCCUGCCGCCCUCCUCCGCAGCCUUGUUCCGCGGACGAGCCCCAGAGGCCUCCGUCCCCCCCUCAGAGGUGUCGGGGCUUGGCCCCAGCCUCCAUCUUCAUCUCUCAGGAUGGCGAGCAGCAGCGGCUCCAAGGCCGAAUUCAUUGUCGGAGGGAAAUAUAAACUGGUACGGAAGAUCGGGUCUGGCUCCUUCGGGGACAUUUACCUGGCGAUCAACAUUACCAACGGCGAGGAAGUGGCAGUGAAGCUAGAAUCUCAGAAGGCCAGGCAUCCCCAGUUGCUGUACGAGAGCAAACUCUAUAAGAUUCUUCAAGGUGGGGUGGGCAUCCCCCACAUACGGUGGUAUGGUCAGGAAAAAGACUAUAAUGUGCUAGUCAUGGAUCUUCUUGGACCCAGCCUCGAAGACCUCUUCAAUUUCUGUUCAAGAAGGUUCACGAUGAAAACUGUACUUAUGUUAGCUGACCAGAUGAUCAGUAGAAUUGAAUAUGUGCAUACAAAGAAUUUUAUACACAGAGACAUUAAGCCAGAUAACUUCCUAAUGGGUAUUGGGCGUCACUGUAAUAAGUUAUUCCUUAUUGAUUUUGGUUUGGCCAAAAAGUACAGAGACAACAGGACAAGGCAACACAUACCAUACAGAGAAGAUAAAAAUCUCACUGGCACUGCCCGAUACGCUAGCAUCAAUGCACAUCUUGGUAUUGAACAGAGUCGCCGAGAUGACAUGGAAUCAUUAGGAUAUGUUUUGAUGUAUUUUAAUAGAACCAGCCUGCCAUGGCAAGGACUAAAGGCUGCAACAAAAAAGCAAAAAUACGAAAAGAUUAGUGAAAAGAAGAUGUCCACUCCUGUUGAAGUUUUAUGUAAGGGGUUUCCUGCAGAAUUUGCCAUGUACUUAAACUAUUGUCGUGGGCUGCGCUUUGAGGAAGCCCCGGAUUACAUGUAUCUGAGGCAGCUAUUCCGCAUUCUUUUCAGGACCCUGAACCACCAAUAUGACUACACAUUUGAUUGGACAAUGUUAAAGCAGAAAGCAGCACAGCAGGCAGCCUCUUCAAGUGGGCAGGGUCAGCAGGCCCAAACCCCCACAGGCAAGCAAACUGACAAAACCAAGAGUAACAUGAAAGGUUUCUAAGCAUGAAUUGAGGAACAGAAGAAGCAGAGCAGAUGAUCGGAGCAGCAUUUGUUUCUCCCCAAAUCUAGGAAUUUUAGUUCAUAUGUACACUAGCCAGUGGUUGUGAACAACCAUUUACUUGGUGUAAAGAACUUAAUUUCAGUAUAAACUGGCUCUGGGCAGCAUUGAUGAUGCCGUGUCCCGAGUUGUAGCCGCUGUAAUUGUGAAUAUUAACUGAGAUAGUGAAACAUGGUGUCCAGUUUUCUAUUGCAUUUUUUCAAGUGGAAAAGUUAACUAAAUGGUUGACACACACAAAUUGGUGGAGAAAUUGUGCAUAUGCCAAUUUUUUUGUUACAAUCUUUUAUUUUGAACUAUACUGCUUUGAGAUCUCAUUUCAGAAGAACGGCAUGAACAGUCUUCAGCCACAGUUGUGAUGGUUGUAAAUGCUCACAAUUGUGCAUUCUUAGGGUUUAUCCAUCCCUGGGGUUUGCAAGUUGUUCACUUAAAACAUUCUUAAAAUGGUUGGCUUCUUGUUUGCAAGCCAGCUGAUAUGGUAGCAACCAAAGAUUCCAGUGUUUGAGCAUACGAAAGACUCUGCCUGCUUACCCGUGCUAGAAAUAACAGCAUCUAAAGUGAAGACUUAAGAAAAACUUAGUGACUACUAGAUUAUCCUUAGGACUCUGCAUUAACUCUAUAAUGUUCUUGGUAUUAAAAAAAAAAAAAAAAGCAUAUUUGUCACAGAAAUUUAGUUAACAUCUUACAACUGAACAUGUAUGUAUGUUGCUUAGAUAAAUGUAAUCACUGUAAACAUCUAUAUGAUCUGGGAUUUUGUUUUUAUUUUGAAAUGGGAGCAUUUUUUGUUUACAAGUUCAUUAAAAACUAAAAACUGUUUCUGUAAGGAAAUGAGAUUUUUUUUAACAAAAAUGCCUUGCUGACUCACUAUGAAAUCAAAAUCUCCCCAGUUUUUUAAUAGACUACUUCAAGCCAUUUGUUACAUACUAUUCCUUUGCAAAUCAUUUUUAGAUUUAGUGUUAAUAACUUUUCCUCAGAUUUUUUUUUUUUUUUUUUUGGUCUGAAGGGGAAAGGCAUUCUUACAGUUUUCUUUUUUUAGUGAUUUGCAGGCACAGUACCUAGUGCUGCAGCAGCCAGGGCUUGGUGGUGUUAACUCCUGCAGCCUCAGACUACACAGCUGGACUGAUUUUGAGUAAGAAUGAAAGCGUUAAAGGGUUUAAUUAACAUUUUGUAGUUUUUCUUUAAAUUCGUGUUAAUUAGAGUUGAGCAGAUUCUUAACCUUGGAGAGCUUCCCACUGGGUGGGGUUCGCGUGAUUCCUGACCCUCCCUGAGCCCCUGUUCUUUUCCCUCAGUUAUCUGCGCUUCCUCUCAAUCUUAAAUGCACUCUUUUCUUGCCUCUCUCUGACACAAGAGAAAGAAAAACUUAUUGACAGUAAUUCUUUAAAUAGUGUAAUUUAUUCAUUUAUAGCAUGUCAAGAUAAAUUAAAAGAACCUUUGUUUGAAAAUGCUGCCAGAAGCCUGUUGUGUAAAUGUAGGUAUUUUGUAAAAAUUACCUUGAAACUGUACAUUGACACAUGUUUGGUCAGAUUGUGUCAGGUUUAAGUUUUAUUUUUUCUCUUUUAAAACUACUUUAGCAAUAAUUAAUCCCAUGAUUACCACAUUCUGCUAUUAAAGGAUCUGUUAGCACCAUCACACUGCAGAAAACUUAAUGAGUGCGAACUUUGGGGUAGGCAGCUUAUUUGUUUCUUUUCUAUCCACCUGUGUCAGUUAAGGUAUUUGUUUCUUGACUAAUAAACCCUUUGAUACUUUUAGCCAGAAAUCAGUCUCAUAAAGCUAUUUUUGAGUAUAGUUUGUGUAAAAUAAAAAUGUUUAGCUUUGGUAAUAACUUUUCCAAGCUGAACUCCCUCUAGCAAGAUAUUUUUCAGUGCUUUUAUUUACUAUGCACUUAGACUAUGCACUUUUUCUGAAAUAUUUUUGUAACACUUAACUUUUUUGUAUUUUUGCCAUUUGAAAAGGUUGUGGUGUAGUUGGUCUGUAAUUAAGUUGCAGAUUUAAAACUGCUGUUAGCUUUGUAAAUCAAAAUAUAGGUGUUUUUGUCCUGGUAUAUCUUCAUUCCACCUGCAGCUGGAGCUGGAAUCCCAUUGAUCUUCUAGCUACCAUUCAUUUUCUUCACAGUUCACAAAAGAAGAAUGUGAAAUUCAGUGAAUGCUGUUACUAAUCCUGUCGGGAGAUGAAUCUCAUUUCACCAAAAUUAAAUUAUGUUUUUCCACUAAAAUGAUACAAGUUGAAGACACAUCACUCUGAAAUUGGAAGACCUCACCACUUAAGGCUCCGCAAUGGCUUACCCAGCUGAACUCUAGGUUACCACUCUACUUUGUUCACCCAUUGGGGGGUGCAGUGUUUUUUUUUUUAAUGUUGGGAGAUGGCCAUUCUAACUACUGUUGAAUGUCUCUGUUUUGGGAAGGUAUAACAAGAAAAUAAAAAAGAAUAUAUAUGAA